AUGCCAGCCAAAAAGUCAUCAGUCAGAACGGCGCAGUUCACUAAUGAAGACGCGCACGGCCGACGCAAAGGCGUGUGGAGAGAGAGUCGCGAACGCAUCUUCGGCUUCACCGACUGGCUGAUCCGACUCGCAUCAUCCCAGCCCCGACCACAGCCCCGGGUCUGCCGCAAGACGGCGGAUCGACCAAAAGGUGACACGCCCAAGUUGCUGAUAUCAUGCUGCGAAUGCGGCAGCAGUGGACAUCCGUCUUGCCUCAAGUGGGGCCGCAACCCGACCAAAGUGCGCAAAGCAUUGUCUUACGAUUGGCGCUGCAUCGAGUGCAAGAAGUGCGAGAUCUGCCGCGACAAGGGCGAUGAUGCCCAGCUCAUGUUUUGCGACCGCUGCGACCGCGGCUGGCAUCUCUAUUGCUUGUCUCCUCCUCUAUCGAAACCGCCCAAGGGCCAAUGGCAUUGCCCGACCUGCGAAACAGCAGACAGACAUCAACAAUGGCCGACGUCGACGCAUGCGACACCUGCGCAUUUCGAUCGAAUCUCGCAGUCAAGCCAGAUAACGCGCGUCUCGAGUUCUGGUAGACAGAGCAAGCCUUCCAAUCCUGACAGAAGCAUCGACUCGCUCUUCGCAUCACAGGCCUCGCUGCCGCAAACAACUAGUGCGCAGCUGGCAGCAAGCCCCAACUUUGCCGUCACGCUCAGAAAUGGCUUCCUCAGCGCGGCGGGUUCCUUGCUCAAUCUUGCUCCUGGUUCUCCCUGGUCGCCGCGCUCGUCGUCACAACAGGGCAUCGUGCCGUCGACGUCGAAAGAUUCUUCCAGGAAGGCGGCGGCUACCAGUGGGAGCAGCGCCAGAAGCAACAAGCGUGGCCGUCCAAGGAAGUCUGCUGGUGCAUCACGGUCCAAUCAAAGAUCAGGCUCGACCGGGGCCGAUGGUCAUCCAAGCGGCGGCAGGAGUGCACGACUUGGAGAUCAGGACGGCUCAGGCUCGUCUGACGGAGAGCACGCCUCGGAACACGGCAUACACGAUGGCGACUCUUCAAGGGGUUUCGUGGAAGACGACGAUGACGACACAGCUGGAGACCGUGAUGCCUCCAAGAGCAGCGAGGAAGAAGACCCGUUCGGUGGCGUUCUCGAAGCUUCUGAUGCACUCACGCUGCCGUACAAGCCGACACCGCACGACAAGGAACGCUUCCAACGGGCGCAGAAAGCCGCUCAAGAAAAGCUGGGCGGGACCUUAGCCGACCCCUCCGCCACUCCAGGUAGUCGUGUGAUCCGACGACCCGGGCUCACCUCUGUCGCGAGCUCGAGUUCGGCAGCGGCAGCCUCACCACGCUCUCAAAGCCUCGUUCCAGGCACCGUUUCAUCAACCGGCCUUUCCGCCGAAUCACCCGUCGGGCCUUCUCGUAUCUCCCGCACACAGCUCGCUCCCCGACAAUCGCCAUCGGACGCGUCAACGCCGUCGCAGGUCGAGAUCACCACCGCGGCUAGCAGCGCAGAGACCGGAACGGCGUCGCCAAUCAAGUGCAUUCGCUUCGGGGAGUUCGACAUCGAUACUUGGUACCAAGCGCCCUAUCCGGAAGAGUACAGCAUGGUACCCGACGGACGUCUGUGGAUUUGCGAGUUCUGCCUCAAGUACAUGAAGAGCCGAUUCAUGGCGCAACGACAUCGACUCAAGUGCAAGAUGCGACAUCCGCCGGGCGACGAGAUCUACCGAGAUGGCAACAUAUGUGUUUACGAGGUUGACGGCAGGAAGAACAAAAUCUACUGCCAGAACCUGUGCCUGCUCGCAAAGAUGUUUCUCGACCACAAGACGCUCUACUACGACGUUGAGCCUUUCCUGUUCUACAUUGUCACGGAGGGCGACAGUUCAGGAGACCAUUUUGUGGGCUACUUCAGCAAGGAGAAGCGCAGCCCGAUGAACUACAACGUGUCAUGCAUCAUGACGCUGCCGGUGCGGCAGAGGAGGGGAUGGGGCAACUUUCUGAUCGACAUCAGCUUCCUCCUGUCCAAGAAAGAAGGCCGGACCGGCUCGCCCGAAAAGCCGCUCAGCGACCUCGGCCUGCUCAGCUACCGCAAUUACUGGACGCUAGCGGUCUUUUACUACCUGCGGAUCGCACCAGAUGAGGUAACCAUGGACGACAUCAGCCGGGCCACGGCCAUGCAGCUAGAAGACAUCUUCUAUGUGCUGGCAGAGAAGGACAUGAUCGUGGUCUACGACGGCAAGAAUGGAAACAGCCGGACUCCCGCAACGAGCAAGUAUCGGGCAAGGGAAGGAAAUGGCACGACGUCAGCUGCUGGUCUGGCCCUAGCUGGCGGUGGUCCUGCUUCCCUCGAGCCGCAACCGCGCAAGCGUGGAAGACCGCCCCUACAGCCCAGACCGGCGCCGGCUGCUGAGUUGUCAUCGUAUAAGGACAGGGACAAGAACGCGGCCGCUUCUCUGCCUCGCGACUACCGGAUCCACUUUGACCGUGACUAUGUGAUCGCACAUCUGAAGAACUACGAGUCGAAAGGAUACCUCAAGGUGCGAGCCGACAAGCUGAAAUGGACGCCGUUCCUGGUGUCUCGAUCUUUCCUUCAGCCCAUCGCAAGCCUGAGCAACGGGCACGGCGCAGGAUCAAGUGCGACGCAGGCGAACGGAACGCCUGGUCCAUCGGGGAGCGGAACAUUUACGCCGACAGAGAUGACCGCGAAUCUGGGCUACUCGGUUCUCAACCAGGUGCAGAAGACGCCUGGUAGGCCAGAGGCUGGCAGCACGCGUGCUAGCCCCGCCGGGGCAGCGGCUCGACGCAAUGUCGGGCGAGCCGACUCGAUGGCGGCAAGUCCGGCGGCUACUGGCGCCAGCAGUGCUGCGCACGUAUCGAGACACAACAGUCCAGGCCAAAUUUCAAUCGCAACGCCGACACCAUCGCCUCCGAAGAAGCGGUACAGACCUGCUCCACCAGCUGGAAGUGCCCUGUACGCCGCUACUCUUGGCAACAUGGCGAGCGGCGACAAAGCGUCGGGCCUGAGCGACAUCCUUGCACCGAACCCACCGACGGCGUCUGUGCUACCUUCUGCAUCCAGCAUCGGCGUGGCAGACGCAGAGGCCGCAAGCGCGUGGGACGAAGACAUGGACGCUGAUGCAGAUGGCGACUAUGAAGCCGACGAGCAUCUGCAAGACCCUGGUGCCGUGAUUCCCAAACAGGAGCCGAUGCUCACGGCUACGACCGAGAUGGCGAGACUGCCGAUCGAUCCAGAACAUCUUCGACGUGUGCUUGCAGCUAGCUCGAGCGCUUCGAACGGUCCGACGGGUCAUGAAUCGCGUCUGGCGCAACUUGCGAUGGGGUUGUCGAGUCCGUGGCAGGCGCGUGGCAGCGGUGCAGCGACACCCAGCCAACACGAUGCAGACUUCGACUUGGGCGACGAGGAUGCCGACGGCAGUGACGAGGAUGCGCCAGGAAGUGAUGAUCCUGCCCUGGAGCAUAUCUGA